AUGUCGUCAUCGAUCGAGCUUAUCGAGCAGCUUCACGCUGAGUUGGCUCUCGCCAAGACGGAGGUCAAGGUCCUCCGCCAAGCCAACCUGGUCAGGGACCAGGAAAACGAUCUUCUUUCCCAGAAGAUCGACCUGCUCGAAGCAGGAAAGCGUUCCGCGCAGCGGAACCUUUCCUGCGAGAUCUCAAAGCUCCGGGUGAUGGAGAUCACCCAGGAGAACAGCAUCUUGAAAAAGAAGCUAGAGGUCAAGGAGACCGAGAUGGCGGUCAUGGAGGACCGUUUCAAGGAGAUGGCGGCGGCGCUCGAGGAGGAAAAGGAGCGGGUUCUGUCUCUGGAGAAGGCGCUCCAGAGCGGAAACCCGCACGAGAUGGCCGAGGGACUGGCCACGGAGCUGCUAAGAGCACGGCAAGAGUUGCUCAAGAAGCACGUAGAGUCGACGGAAAAGCUCAUGACGGAAUUCCGUCAGAUCUUGAAGAUGGAAAAGGAGAACGAGCAACUGAUGCAAGAAAGAGAUGCGAGCAGAAAGAGAGAGCAGAUAAUGAAGAAGCAGUUGGAUGAGAUGAAGGCGAAACUGGAAAUGGCGCAGGACAAGAUAACAGAAGCAGAGAACACAGCGAUGAAAAUGAUCAAUCUAAUCAGGGUCUCUGCUGCCAGGAUAAAAGAUUUGAGGGCCAGAGAGAGGAAGGCGCUGGAGGAAAAGGAGUGGAUAGCCGAGGAUCUGAAGGAUACGAAAGGACGGACGAUGCGGAUGCAAAAGGAGAUGGAAGACCGGAAGAAGGAGGAGGAAAGGCAGAUGGAGAAGCUGAGAAAUAGGCUGGAAGAAAUCGAGAUGAGCUGUAAUUGUUUGUUUAGCUGA